AUGUCGUCUUCACAGAAGAGCAGCAGCGACAAGGAUUCGAUUGCACCGCUCGUCGGGACACAGGCGCUAAUCAAGAAGAACCCCAGCCGCACCCUGCACUUGUCAACUGACGAGGUGCCGCAACACGGCGAUGGGAAAAACGACAAGGAAAACAUCCGACACGCCGUCUACACCGCCAUGAAGAACGCGCAAUUGCGAGAGCCACUCAAACGGCAGAUCGUGCGCAUCGAGUGUUGUCAACACGGCGAGAAGUGUGGCAAGGCAAAGAUGGAGAACUUCCCGAGCAAGCGAGGCCACGAGUUGCCGGCUUAUGUUCAAUCAACACCGAGUCGUCCCUCACUCGCUGCCACUUCUCGCGCAAAGAUCUACGAGAUAUUCGGCGUCGACGAGUUGCCGCCCUUAUCCUCAGCGACCGAGCACCUCAACCCGGCUGGUUCACAGCCUUCCACCGCUCGCUCUCGCACUCAAGCCGAAGAGGCAGCAGGAUGUGGGCCUCCUUGCGCCCUACACACCGCCGAAAAGCAGCAACAUAGACUCUCAAAACUCGGACAACGAUCGCAGCAACGUGGAAUCUUCAGCUCCAACCUCGCCGACGUCGAUUCAACCGCGGAACUUGAGACAAUUCAAGCUGGCCUCCGCGACGACAAAGCC